UUCAGUCACACAUUGCAAAAUACAUACAAAUUAAAAAUGAGUUCAUCAACUCGAGUACUGAAUUGCAAAAAUAUUUUGUCUUUAGCCACUCUUUAUUACGCAUUAUUAUCCGAUAGAAAUGUCUGCAAAAUUUCGAAAUAAAAUUCAUUUUACGUGCGACACAUGAUCACUUGCACCAAAAUAUGGUUCUGUUCUUCGGUCUAUUUUUGGUCAAUACGUUGUGUGCGGUUGUCCCGUGUCAAAGAGUGUACGAUCCACCCGUCCCUGUUCCGAAGAAAAACGGAGAAUCCGAAAAAAAUGUGAACCCUGUCGUAACAAAAUUUACUUUCCCCAUCACUCAAAAUUAUGGGGGAGGAGAAGAAGAUUUGAUCAUACAGACGGACGCAGGUCUGGUGCAAGGCUUCCACAUGAAGACCAUUCGUAACAGAGAUAUUGCUGCUUUCACUGCGAUACCGUAUGCCGAGCCACCCAUAAACGAUUUGAGAUAUCGGGCACCGCUUCCAAAAAAACCGUGGGAUGGAAUUCUUCAAACCAAUCAAAUCGCAAACAAAUGCAUGCAAGUCGAUGGGAUGCAAUUGCUCAGAAUUAUUGGGCAUGAAGAUUGUUUAUAUGCAAAUGUGUAUACUCCGCAGCUUUCGUCAACACGACGAGCCAAGAAAAUUGCAGGUUUACCAGUUUUAGUAUUUAUUCACGGAGGUUCGUUUGCUUUCUCUUCCGGUGGAUCCUUUGGACCGGCAUAUUUGCUCGAUCGUGACGUGAUUUUAGUGACCUUCAACUAUCGUCUGAGUUCAUUCGGCUUUCUUAGCACAGGAGAUAAGACGGCUCCUGGAAAUUGGGGCCUUAAGGACCAAAAUCUGCUAUUACAAUGGGUCAAAAUUAACAUACAUGCGUUUGGUGGAGAUCCCAGCAAAGUUACAAUAUUUGGCCAGUCCGCAGGUGCAGUCUCAGUACAUCUUCACAUGCUAUCAAAACAAAGUCAAGGGUUAUUUCGCUCGGGAAUCUCGCAAAGUGGGAAUGCCUUUUGUUUCUGGGGGGUCAGAGACAGUUCGGUGGAUUACACUUUCCGUCUCGCCAAUGCGCUGAAAUGUCCGAUAAAUGAGAGCAACGCAAUGGUUGACUGUCUCAGAAAAUUAGAUCCUUUUCUCAUCCUUUAUGCGGAGGCUAAUCUUCCCGAUUAUAAAGUAUUUCCCGGUGUGUUCUUUGGACCCAUUGUUGAACCGAAGAAUGAUCACGCUUUCUUAGAAGAGAGACCGGAAGUUUUAUACGCGCAGAAUAAGGUGCCAAAUAUUCCAUGGAUAAACGGAUUUUUAGCAGAUGAAGGGAAUGGAGUUGGAUUUCUGGCGUGGCUUUAUCCUCUCGUUAUGACCGAAUUGGAUCAACAAUGGGCUACGCUUGGUCCGAAGAUUUUAGAUUUAGAUUUUAAAGGGGACUUAAAACACGUGUCGAAUGUUGUCUCUCACAUUCGACAAUAUUACUUUGGAACAAAAGCGAUUGAUUUUUACUCUAGAAAAGCUUUAACCCAGAUGAUGGGAGACCGGCUGAUCAUGUCAGCAAUCCAUAAAGGGUUAAAAUACCACGCAAGAAUAGCCCCCACGUUUGGUUACUUUUUUAACUACACUGGCCGAUAUGGCACAGCAGCAAUUUAUGGUUUAAACAAUCACGAAUGGGGAAUUUCGCAUGACGAUGACCUCAUCUAUCUCAUGAACAGUACGACCUACGCACCCAUGAAAGUGGGAGAACCAGAGUAUGAAAUUUCGGAAUUUCUGACAAACGUAUGGGCCAGUUUUGCCACCCAUGGGGAACCUACAUUUGAGACUGAUCACGAUCAUAAAGAAAUCCACUUUUGGGAACCAAUCAAUUCCACAAACGACACUAUUCUGGUCGUCCUGAUAAACGGGGACAUGCCAAAAAUGAUCCCGUAUCCAUUUCUUGACCGGGUGAAAUUCUGGGAGGAAAUGAAUCUCGUCAGCCAAAGUAAAGUGGGUCCAUUAACGCUAAUGCCAAAAAACGAGGAAAAACCUAAUCUCAUCGCUAAUUUAUUAAAGCCAAAAAUGAAACCACAUCUGCCAAGUCGUCUUCAAUUUCCUGCUACUCAGAAACCAGAUAGGAAUGAACAUUUAAGAUUUCAUCCGAGAUAAAUUAUUUAAGUAAUUUGUGAUUACGUUAUCUAUGUAAAAUCGAGUGUGUCUUAAUAAAGGUC